GUCUUGUGUUGUGACACGAUGGCUUUCGUCCGUGGUCGCAAACCUAAACUUUGACAUACUAUCUUUCCAUAGUCUUUUCCAUUUAUGGUUUCUAGGGGAGAAUCAUUACGAGGAACCAAGGGAGGAUACAGCAGCAACAAAGAGCUGUUGCAUAACCACAUGCUCGAAUCACCCAGGAAUCCUCACACCGAACGAGGGUCCCCUUCGACCUAGCUCCCUUCGAACACCACCCUCGAAUUACCCAGACAACCUCCAAGUUCCAACCUCCAUGUUCAAUUACUGCGCUGAAUAGAAACGCCAUCGAGAACAAUCAUAGCUACCAUUCAGCCGAAUCUGGCAUCACAUACAGCUUGAAACAUCAUCAACCACAAUGCCCCGCCGCCGCCGUCCCCCGCGCUCCGGCGCCCUAACCGAGCUUCCGCCCCUCAAGAUCCUCAGCCAGAUCGCCGCGCUACAAGCAAUCUACUACACUGCCGCCCUGGUGCUCAUGUUCUUCACGGCGGCCGUAGCUGGAAAUCCUUUCACGCUGGACUUGGUGUUCGGGUGGGAGGCGGUAAGGGGGGAUAACACACAGGGGUGGUUGAACGGCUUUAUCUGGUGUUUGGUCGGCGGGUUGGUGCUACCCCUCUCCCUAACAGCCAUCGUCCAACGCUCCAAGCUCAUCCUCGACUUUGCCCUCACCACGCACUUCAUCCACCUCGUCAUCGUCACUCUCUACACCACGCCCGACCACACCUUACCCCGCCACACAGCCUGGUGGUUGACCAUGGCCAUUUCGUCCCUGGCUUCCUUCUUGCUCGGGUCAUGGGGGUGUCGAUACAGAGAGCUGCAGCCUAUUGCUUUUGGUGGACAUGGCGGCGGCAGCGGAGGAAACACCACGAACAGCACCACCAACAACAACUUUACCAACGGGGAUGGAGGAGCAGGGCAAGGAGACGAAGAACAGGGCUUCAUCACAGGAGGAGGAGGAAGAGGAGGAGGGAGAACCAAGCGGGGAUCGCGUGGCGAUCUGGGAGGAGGGGAUUACGAAAUGGUCACCAUGUCUGGCGCCAGUGGCAGCGGCAUCGGCAGUGCUAAAGGUCAUGGCAGAUCACAAAGCACCGUUUCCCAAGCCGGACCCGGACUAGGGGGAGGCCCAUUAGAGAAAGCCGACUAGAAGUCACGGUUGUGGGUAUUAACCAAAAAUGCACUACGAUCACUACUACCCCGCGCCGUUUGGUUUCAUUCCCCCAAAGUGGCACUUGCUUUUGCGAUGGUGGCGUUUUGGUACUACGUGGGGAGGGAACGAGUGGCUGUUUGGGUUUACAUCUGGAUGGUGGCCUUCUACCUUUGCCUUGUUACCAUCGCCCUCGCUAUCAUCCGCGACACGGUCCUUGUCUUUUGUUUUCUUCGACGACGAAGAAGACGGCGACGACAGCAAGCGUUGUUGAAUUUGGACUUGGAACGAGGAAGAGGAGAAGUGGGGGGAUUAUAGUGAAGGGGUAGUAGGAUAUGCUGGUAUUAGCUCGUCGGUGGUGCUGCUGGUCGUGCUAUACAGUUUUCUCUUGGUAUGGUUAGGUCUCUUUUGGGACCUAGUAGCAUCGGCUUUUGGGUCUGGAGUUUUAGGUGUUCCGGCAUUUGGUUUCAAGGUUCUCUGGUUAUAGACUUAUUGGUACGGGGAGAGCGAUGGUUUGAUCGGAUGGAUACAUGGAUAUAUAUGUAUACAUGGAUGGAUGGAUGAAUGAAUGAACAUCCGGGUACGAGAUGAGCGAAAAGGUCAGGUCUGACGACGAGCGAAGUAGAAAAUAUUGGAGGAAAUGGAUAGACGCUGGCGCGAGACGCAGGCAUAGCAUAGCCGCACAAGUAGUACCAAUUGCAAUUACAACUUGAUUCCCCAUGG